GUUGCUAUGUGAAUAACAACAAGUUACUUUUCUGUUACAGUUGGGAGGGUUCACUCGCGAUUAUUUUACGGUCCUAGGUUAGAUACGUUUUUAUUUUGUUUAAGUGUCUAUACGUAUUCGGAAUGGACUUAGACAAUCUGGAGAACCAGAUUGGAGGUCACUUACUUCAACAACUUAAAUGCUGCAUCUGUAUGGAGAUCUACAACGACCCGACUGCCUUGCCGUGUGGGCACACGUUUUGUUACAAUUGUCUCCUGGAUUUGGCGAAACACAAGAAGCGCCAGGUAAAGAAUCCGUUCCUACUAAUGGAGACGAACGUGCCGUGUCCGAACUGUCGCUGUGGUAUCGCCUACACAAACCUCAUGACCAAGACCAAUGGUGUCGUGCCUAACUUCGUCCUCAUGUCAAUCAUUGAGUCAUAUCAACAAAUGAGACAGCCUCGUUCUCAGGUAGACGCUUCUACGAACACUGAAACCUUCGCGCUGACCGGUCUACGGAUAGACGAGAUGAGUUCGGAGUUAGAUUCUCUAAUGAUAGCUACUAAGGCGAAAACAUCGAUACUUCAAGGAUGUAAGGACGAAAUAGAUUGUAUAAGGAUGGAGAACCAGAACUACAUAGAAAAUCAAUUGGCCUUACGCUCUCAAAAUAAUGCAUGCCAGACAAACGAGUUGUACAACGAACUCAAAUCAGUCACCGGAAGUAGCAAGGAACGUGUGGCGCCACCUCCCGUGUUUCCAGUCCAACCAUUUUACCAUAAUGAUCCCGGUGUUAUUGAUCCAGCGAUUCUCUCGAUCGGGAACAAUUUGAAUAUUUACCCACCGCCAUUCCAGAUGAUUCCGUACAACACAAGCUCCUGGCAGACACAUCCGGAGUGCUAAUUUUGAGACACAGAACAUUAAUUGUCGAGGUUUAGACUGGGGAGAGCGACACAUUUACGGGUAGGGAGGGAUACACUUUGUUUAACCGUAUAUUUUUGCCUUCUCUGAUAUUCAUAUAUGGAGUAGUAGUAAGCAGGUUAUACGUAUACAGGGACACGCAAAGCAAGCAACAAACAGUUGUUUUCUAGUUUUUUGAAGAAGAAGGAUGGCUUUGAUACCGAGUUAAAAUUUAGAGAUGGCAAAAUAUUCGUUGAGCAACGAUGGCGGAAAAUAGACUGGGGUUGGGCAGGUGCAUACUAAAUAUAGAACAAAAUUACUGUAAUCAUUAAGAAUUACGAAAGAUAACCGUUUGUUUCGAAUUGAAGAACAUAUUUUUUAUAUUUUUGAAGAAGGACAAACUCUAUUUUUAUGAAUUUAUCACCAUACCCGAAUAUCGGCAUUUUACACCGCGGGUAUGUUAUACCAUGUACUUUGUACAAUAACAGGAACGCCGAGGAGAUCUGUUUCUCCCUGUUAGUUUUAAUAAAGAUAUAUUUUCGAUCUUUGAGAUC